AACUAUAUGGGCAUUAUAAAGUGGCCAGUUGUCGGUAGCUAAGAUGAAGUGUUUGACGUGUGCAUUGCUUUUAAUAUUGGGAUUGCUGCCAGUUUUGAUCAGCGCUUAUCCCGGCGUUGUUAUUGUGAAUGGCAGGUGUUUGAAUUGUGAUAAGCCGGAUGGUGAAGCUGUUUAUGUGAAUGGCCAAGAGUAUCGCAGCUUUGAUGGUGGCAACGUGAUUCUGGAUCGCCCUGGCUAUAAUGGUCCUACAACAGUCUAUCGCCGAGGCGGCACAACAAUUGUCAAUGGCAAUUGCAAAGUUUGCAAUGUGGAUGUUUAAAAUGUUGUAAAAAUAUUGAGUAAAGUGUGCGAGCAUUAA